UGCAACAUCAGAGAUACUGCACACCACCAACCUUCGGAAUCCACUCUUUGCGGGAUUUCUGGCGCUUGAGCAGCGGGUUGCCUUCGAGGCAUGGUCCUGACACCGAAAGGGCGAUUUCUGUACGAUAGUAUCAUCCAGAAAUCUCAGCAAAGUAUGUGGCCCACCUCUACGCCAGAGAUCCACCAGUUCCCUGAUGACUACUCCAGAAUCCACCAAGAAGGCUUAGGGUAUUUCACUUAUUAUCCUGUGAACCCAUCAUCAAUGCGGGCCGGAAGAUGUGGUGAUCUGGAAUCGCUGAUUCAGGAUGGAGUCGUCUCGUUUGAACCCAUCACGUACGAAGGUUUCUCGCCCAUCAGUGCUGCCGGGAUUUUUCAGUCCAACCUCAACGGCGAAAGCACUGGCAGCGCGGUUUCGCGGGCGGACAAAGAAUCCUUUGAGACGCACUUGGGCGUUCCUGUGCAUGACACGUUUGAUUUGUAUCAGAGAAUGCAGGAGGCGUCUAUCACGGAAACCUUCAAGGCGCUAGGCUCGUCUAUACCAAGUUGAGCGCGGGCUAACAAACUAUUGGUAUUAUCUAUACGCCCUAUGUGCCUUGUGAGUAGACUGCUACCCGAAAAAGCCGAAUAUUAAAUGCCCCCUACUGUGCCGUCGUCGGUAAUAGAGUUGAGCCAUGAAGUAUCCCAGGUGUCUUCUUCCUGCCCUCCAGUAGCAUCGCAAGGCGAUGUUGCAGUUGCAGAAUCUUCUGGCAGGGUAAAAAUGCCGCUGUCAGCUGGGCCAUGGCAGAGAAGUAGGUUCUGGGAAUUCUUACCCGCUGGUGCUGGGCAAAUCGGGACCGGCCUAUCUCCAUCCCCGGUAUCUAAUUCCUUCGCUGUCCUUUGGAGUCGCCUCAAUGAUCUUUCCAAACCAUAAUUACAGC